GGAAUUUGAAGAGUGUAUAAUUCCACUCGAAAUUAAGACCCUUUCAAACUCUAGCUUAAUUAAAGCUUAAAUUACAGAGGCAAGAAGAAGGCACUCUAGUAGUUCGUAAAAUUGCUUACGCCUUUCCAUUUCUCUUUGAGGGGAAGGUGGCAACAAGGCUGAACCUUAUUCCAUGCAUGCAACCACGGUGCAACAUUGUUGUGAGUCACAUGACUUGCAUCACAUUUUUUAUUUACUUUAUUCGUAAUCAUAAAAGUGGCCUUAUCUCACGUCUUUCAAAAAUAGAAAAGAAACACGAUCGCUAAAUUCUGUUCACAUAUUGGUCUUUCCUGUUGUGCUAAGAUACGGCUAUCACGAGGUUUACGGUUACCUCACGACAAGCUAGAUAUCACUAGUCGCCUAAAAACAGUUGUCCCAAAUCGCCGAAAAUGAUGCAAAAUCCUACUGCACACUUCAUAAAUUCAACGCUGUAAAUAUAUAUCUACGAUGUGAUGCAAUGAUGCAGUCAUGCUGAUAUCCUUUACAGUUGUCAUUACGUCUCUUUGGGUAGUCAAUCCGUUGAAAAACAUGUCUGGUCGUGCAAACAUGCAAGGAUCAAUUUUCUAGCACGUGAUCAGGUGGCAUAUUACGAAAUAUGACUGGACUGGAAAAAAUAGUUGUCCCAAAUGGCUAAAUAAUGAUGAAAAAUCCUACUGUAUACUUCAUAAAUUUAACGCUGUUAGUAUAUAUCUACGAUUUGAUGCAAUGCUGAUAUCCUUGACAGUUACGUCUCUCUGGGCAGUCGAACCGUUAAAAAACAUGUCUGGGCGUGCAAACAUGCAAGGAUCAAUUUUCUAGCACGUGAUCAGAGGUGAUCAGGUGAUGGUUGAAUUCCUGCACAGAUGCAUGUGACAAAUAUGGUAUCAUGUAGGACAUCUGAUUUCAAGUGUUCGCUCGUUAUAAAAGGCACUGAACUACCGGCCUCGGGUGAGUCGGGUCACCGUCACCUGAGCCAUCCAGAUCUAGAAGUGGAAAGGAUUUCCAGGCAACGAGAGAAUUUCUGAAAAUUACUGACACGCUUUUCCUGUACUCGCCUUCAAGCCAACCAAAAUGUCGGACAAACCAGCAACGAAAAACUUGCGCAACUAUCUAGAUUUAGACCAGGGAAAAUAUGUUCAAGUAAUGUAUGUGUGGAUUGAUGGGAGUGGAGAAAAUCUCCGAUGUAAAACCAAAACUAUGGACUUCGAGCCCAGGGAGCCAAGUGAAUGUCCGAUUUGGAACUUUGACGGUUCAAGUACUGGCCAGGCAAAUGAAUCAAACAGCGAUGUAUAUCUCCAUCCAGUUGCCCUAUUUCGAGACCCAUUUCGUCGUGGUCCUAACAAACUACUUUUAUGCGAGACCUACCACCAUGACCAUAAACAUACUGCAACCAACUUGAGAAAAAGCUGUAAAGUUGUUAUGGAGAAAGCCAAGGAUGAACAUCCAUGGUUUGGAAUUGAGCAAGAAUAUACUUUAGUGGACGAAAGUGGCCACCCAUAUGGGUGGCCGAAUGGUGGUUUCCCAGCUCCACAAGGUCCUUACUACUGUGGUGUUGGCACUGGUAAGGUCUUAGGAAGAGACUUGGUUGAAGCACAUUAUAGAGCCUGUUUGUAUGCUGGAAUUAGGAUUGCCGGAUCAAAUGCUGAAGUUAUGCCAUCACAGUGGGAAUACCAAGUUGGGCCCUGUGAAGGAAUUGAAAUCGGUGAUCAUGUGUGGAUGUCAAGAUUUAUUCUGCAUCGCGUUGCAGAGGACUUUGGCAUUUGCAUUACUUUCGACCCAAAACCUAUCGCAGGAGACUGGAAUGGUUCUGGUGCACACACAAAUUUCAGUACAUUGGCAAUGAGAAAGGAAGGUGGUCUAAAUCAUAUAUACGAAGCUAUUGAGAAACUGGCCAAUGCUCAUGAUUUGCAUAUCAAGGCAUACGAUCCGAAAGACGGCAUUGACAACGUACGACGUUUGACGGGACAUCACGAAACAGCUGAUAUCAAGACAUUUCGUCAUGGCAUAGCCGACCGUGCAACAAGUAUUCGUAUACCACGGCAGUGCGCUGAUGAUGGUCGAGGUUAUUUGGAAGAUCGACGACCAGCUGCAAAUGCAGAUCCAUACAAAGUUACCGAGAGAGUUGUCAGAACUGUGUGUGAGAUUGAAGACUGAGGGACGUACAUAUCACAGAAUCAACACUUUUUUCGAAGCAUGCUUUUGAUUGAAUUGACCAAUCAUGCAGGAACGUGCUUUAUAUAAUAACUAUAGUGAAACACGCAAUGUGAUUGGUCAAUAGCCGUGCAGGAUCAGACAAUCCUGCACGCGUUUUAGACAAUCCUGCACGCGAAAUUUAAUUUUAAUAAAGUUAACCGUUGUUUCACUACAGUUAUUUUAUAAAACAAUUACCAAAUGAUUUUCCGUGCAGGAUUGCGUGAUCCAUGCACUUGGGAUGUUGCUCGACUUUCGGAAAGCGUGAAAAUACACUCGCCUACGGCUCGUGUAUUUUCACGCUUUCCGAAAGUCUCGCAACAUCCCGCGUGCAUGGAUCACGCAAUCCUGCACGGAAAAUCAUUUGGUAUUCCUUUAUUACAGCGCGGGUUUUUGUGAAAGUUUACUACUACUAAAUAUAGACACGUUUUCAACACUCAUCUGCAUGGUUUAGGAUUAUAGAGAUAAUGGUCUCGCCGCUAUUCCAAUUCAACUUGGUCAUAAAUUUAGAGAAUAAUCAGUUAAUAAUAAUUUUCAAUGGACAAUAAAGUAACUGAACUAGCUAGAUGAUGUAGGCUAGAAACAGAAACAUAUUUAAUGAUUCAACGCUGUGCAAACAAGAAUAAUUGUGAGAAAUGCAUAUAGGAUUUAUCGUUACCACAAAUAUCACAAUUAUGUAACCGAAAAUUUUGCACUUUUGAAAUAGCCGAUUGAUGAUGAUUUAAAGAAUGAUGGAAUUAAAAGCUCACGCUUGACGAAAUCGAAUUAUGCGAAUU